AUGAAAGCGAUACGAAUAGAUCCUCGCACGUGGUUGCGGAGUACAACUUAUCAUUUUACUCCUUUUUUAUCUAUCUAUCUAUCUAUCUAUCUAUCUAUCUAUCUAUCUAUCUAUCUAUCUAAAUCUGAACAAAUGUGGAGAAAUCAUCUCUCACUGUCUCAGUCUCUAACUUUUUCUAAUCCACUCUCUCUCACUCUCUCUAUCUUACACUCUCUAUCACUUUCUGUCAAUCUCUAUCGCGCUCACUUUCUCUCUCUAUCAUUUUCUUUCUCUCUCUCUUUCUUUUGCUCACUUUCUCUUUCUCUCACACUCUCUCGCUCACUCGCUCUCAUUUUCACUCACUCUCUCUCUCUCUCUUUCCCACUAUCUCGCUCACUUUCACUUAAUCAUUCUCUCGCUCGUUCACUUUCUCUCACUUCAUCUACCGAUCACUUUCUCUCUCCCACUCUUUCUUUCACACUCUCUUUCUCUAACUUUCUCUCUCUCACUCUUUCUCCCUCUCUACCUCAUUCUCUCACUCUUCCUCACUUUUCUCACUCUCUUUCUCGCUUACUUUCUGCCACUCUGUAUAAUUUCUUUAAUACUUUAAUUCCACUUCUUAAACAAUUUCUUCUCUGCCUUUCGUUCACUUUCUCUCACUCUCUCUCUCUCUUGCUCACUUUCUCUCUCUCUCUCUCUCGCUCGCUUUUUCUCUCUCGUUCGCUUUUUCUUUCUCGCUCACUUUCUCUCACUUUCUCUGUUUCUCACGCUCUCUUUUUCUCUCUCGUUAACUUUCUCGCAUUCGCCCUCUCGCUCACUUUCUUUCUCACUUUCUUUCUCACUUUCUCUCCCUCUCUCUCUCUCUCCCUCUCUCGCCCACUUUCUCUUCCUCUCCCUUUCACUCAUUUUCUCUCACUCUCCGUCUCGUUCUCUUUCUCUUUCGCUCACUUUCUCUCGCUAACUUUCACUCUGUCUCACUUUCCAUCUCUCACUUUCUCUCUCUCCCUUUCUCACUUUAUCCCUCCCUCAUUUUCUCUCUCUCUCUUUCACUUUGUCCCUCCCAUACUUUCUCUCACUCUCUCUCUCUCUUUCUCACGUUAUAUCUCUUCCUUUUUUUCUCGCGUUCUUUCUCUCACGUUUUUCUCUCUUCUUUUUCUCUCUCUGUCUUUUUUCUCUCUCUAUCGCUUUCUUUCUCUCUCGCACUUUCAUUUUUAUUGGCGUCUGUUCGUCAAUUUAUUACUUGUGUUUUCUCGAUUUUCUUUUUAUCAGUUACUUUCAGCCUGUGAAGUUAUCUAUCUAUCUAUCUAUCUAUCUAUCUAUCAGUAA